GCUUGAAAACUUUUAUCGACGAAAUUGACUUGAACAUGUAUUUAACAAAAGACAUUCAAAUUAAACGCAUUAUCUAAUCACAGUCAAUUUUUUUCAAUGAAGCUUCGAAACUUCGGAACACCGCAGUUGAAGCCCUAUAAUGUUGAAUGCUUAGAAUAAUAACCCAGGCUGAAUGUUUCUAAGUAAUUGAUAUUAUUUAGUUGAUUGUUUGAGUAGUAAAUACGAGUAGUGUAAGUAAUAUUUCAAAGCAGAAUAAAUUAAGACAUCUGUGACCAUGAAGUUAGUAGGGACCCAUAUUAGUUAUAAGGAGAUUAAAUUCUUAGAUUAAAAUUAAUGUACCUAUUUCAUUGAUUAAGUGUUAGGAAGGAAUUAACAGAUAUCGUAAUUAAAAAUCUAGCCAGGCCAAUUCAACGUUGUAAAUAUAAUUGAUAUAAAUACUAGUAAAUACUACUAAUACUAUACUAGAGUUGCUGGAAGAUUCUAAUUUGUGCAGAGACAGUUAAGUAUAUAAAAAUUCUCACUUAGGUACACAAAGUACUUGUACUCUUAUAUCACUUAUGAAUAUUAGGUAAUUUGUAUGGCUAACAAUUAUUUUAAAUAAGUAAUAAUAGUUAUAUCAAACCAAUCCAUUUACCGAUUGGACAUUAUCGAAUGUACAUAUUAUUAUAUUAUAUUUCAGAAUAGGUUAAUGUAAUUAAAUUUAUUGAUUCGAUUAUCACUCGUAAAUAGAACACACCGUAGCAACCACAAAAUAUUGUAACAUGUAAACAAAAAAUAUGCUUCAAAAGAGUUUUUUGGAUAUUAUCAAGCCUAGUUAUGUAUUAAGUGUACCUUUUUGCAUGAGAAAAUAUAAACUGAAGGGUGGUUGUAUAUCAACCUUAACAAAAUAUGACAUUCUUUUCACAGUUCUGGGAAAUUUGUUAAUGUAUAUCCUAUUAUAUAUAACAUUAGUGUCAUUUAUGAACAGUUUUGAAGAUUUCGUAUUUUACAUUUAUGUAAUUAUCUACGUAUUGUAUGCCGCAAAUCAUACAAUCCACAGUAUUUUAAACAUUACUCACAGUCAAGUAUAUGUAGACACUGUACUGAAACUUCAGAGAAUAGAUAUUAUUUUAUACAACGAAAAUGACACUAAAAUAUUAAAAAAUAUAAUCGCUUUUUUUCUAGUCAUGAUUUUUUCAUUAUAUGCCGUGUUACUAGUGAUGAAAUUGUCCAUAGACAGAUUAUGGUUUUGGUCGAGGGGUAUAUUCAUAUUUUUGACGGUAAUUUUUGACCUUGAAUUAUUUUAUAUAGCCUUCGUUAUAUACUUUUUGGCAAGGAAAAUUGAUAAUUGGAGCAACAAAAUCAAACGAAAAGACCGAAUUAUUUCUAUAAAGAAGAUGAUAAGAGGAAAUCAAGAUCAGGAUGAGAAUGAUUUAUACUCUGUUUUUGAAAAUAUUAUUGAAUCAUUAUCGACGAUCGAAAAGACCUCGCAGUUUACGAUAAUAAGUCACUGGAUCAUGCAAUUUAUCCAAUCAAUUGCUUACAUCCAGGUUUGGAUACAGUGGUCUCAAAAUAAAAUGCUCGACGGAAUAGUUUUAUCAUCCCACUCAAUCGGAAUAGUGCUAUGGAUCACAAAGGGCACGGUUAUCGAAAUCGCACUGUGCAUCAGUUGUCAAAUAUUGUACAGAAAACUUACAAGAGCAAGAACUGUGGUCCUCCUGUUUUUAAAUGAUUCAUAUUCUUUUAUAGAUCGCAGACUGGCAAAAACUGUUCUUCGCAUAAUCGACGUACGCUUCAGGAAAUUAAGUGGCUGCGGUGUGUUUACUGUUGAAGCGGCUUUACCUUUGUAUUUCACAGCACAGUGUACAAAUUACACUCUUGUACUCCUGCAAUUCGCUUUCUUAUAAGAUAAAAGUUAGUAUUUACUUUGAUGCCAGUACAGAAUAAUUAAACUUCAACACCCACACAUUCUUUUAAUGAAUUUUAAA